AUGGAUAAACUGAAAGUGGCUAACUGGUCUAGAACUAGUAGACUGAAGCGUACAAUAAAUGUAGGAAAGGUGGCGCAUAAUAAAGCAGGGCAAUGGGAGUUGACGGCUGGGAGGAUGCUGGUGGACUCUAGAUUGUCGGCUAUGGAACUAGUGAGGUCUCGCAGCUACGACCUCAGUGAGCUUGUUAGCCAACUUUUGGGUGUAAGUAGAGAGAACAUUUAUGCGAAUGAGAUUGCAGCGAAAUUUAGUUCAUCUCAGCAACUGCUGAACCUCAUUCAGUGGAGCUGGAUGGACCCUUGGCUCUCUCUAAGAGUCAUAGCCCAGAUCAAUGCGCUCCAGCUUGCUGUACAGAUCACUAACAUUGUUGGAGGGGUUACGUCCCGAACAUUGAUGGGUGGAAGAGCUGAACGAAACGAAUUUUUGCUGCUGCACGCAUUCAACAAGGCUAAUUAUAUAGCGCCGAACAAGUACCAGACAAGUUUUAAGAAAGGGAAUCAGGAAAAGUUUGCGAAAAAUGAAGAUGACGAGGUUACUGAAGAGAAUGAAACUGAAGUUAAGUCUAAGAAUAAAGCACAGUAUUCAGGCGGUUUGGUCUUGGAACCGAAGAAAGGUGAGUUAUACGGUAGUCAACUGAUUUAACU